AUGUCUGACCCAGGUAGAAAAGAUUUCUCUCAAAAGAUUGGUGAAACUGUCAAACCAGACUCUGAAAAAUCCACAUGGGAAAAGGGUAAGGAAACAGUAACAGAUACCACCGAUAAAUUAGCAGGAAAGUUACAACCAGAAGAAAAUAAAGGUUUAGGUCAAGGUAUAAAUGACUCAGCUGAAUCUGGUAAAGAUAAAGCUAACGGUGAAUCUGUCGCUGAUCAAGCAAAGGAUUAUUACGAAGGCGCUAAACAAAAAUUGAAUGACGCGGUAGAAUAUGUUUCAAAGAGUGUACACGGCGGUGACGCUGACCCAGCAAACAAGUAG